GUCUUUCAGUACUUCUUGCUUUUUUCGUGCUAAAAUCGUAAGGAAAUUGCGAUCCGUCGCUCGCGCUGAGGUGGGCUUCUGGGUCAUGAUGCUCUGGAUCGGGUUCUUUAUGGCGUUACUCUCAGUCCUAGUAGAUUCAGCAGUUGGGUUCAUCUUUGCGCAGAGACAGCACGGAUUGAUGGUCUUGUGGGAAACACAUGUGAAUCUAGUACCGACAAGUGCACCAAGUACUAGCGCAAGUACUAAGGGAGGAGCUUCUGAACGACGUGGUCAGGGCCACAAUCAUCUUCAUGAUCAACUAGUAGUGAAACACCUUCCUAAAAAAGCUAGUAAAACAACGACUGAGACUGCGCAUAAAGUUGGGACAAAUGCUUCUACUGCUAGUACUACUGCUAGUACUACUGCUAGUACUACUGCUAGCACUACUGCUACUAGUACUUCUACUGCUAUUGCAAAACAACCUCAACAACCCCAAGCACCAGACGAAGACGAUUAUUUCCAUGACAAUCCACCGUACAACGAUUUUCACGAUGUGGUUUUGAACUCUCUAAAACCAUCGACAAGACCAGCGGCUGUCACUUUUUGGAUGCUGACAUGUCUCCUGUGCACUGGCAUUGCGAUCGCGAUGCCGAAGGUAGUUAAGAUCGGAUAGGCACACGCACCACAGGUAAAGUGGUUGUUACUACAUUUAGCUUGCAAUGUAAUCCAGUACUCGAUGCAGUUACAGGAGCAGUUUGUCACUCUUGAUUGUGAGAGAGGUACGCAGCAUAAGAAGUAAGUACUUGAAAAAGCGCAGAUUUCAUUUUAGACUUUCACCCUCUUCUAGUUCUAACUUCCCACCCUGUGCCAAAGGAAGUGGUCUUCCCGAGGUGAAAUCGCUGUUAUCG